AUGAAUCACAAUGAUAACCAUGAUCCAGAAGCUCUAACAGUUGCUCGCUAUCAUAAUCAUAAGACAAAUUCAUAUACAAAUUCAAAUUCAACACCAAUAUGGACCGGAAUCUUCGAUCCUUCUUUCCGGGUCUUGAUACUUCCUCGAUACUUGGGUGUUGGGACAGCGAUUAUACCUAUUCCUUCUUCUCGACGCAUAACGAGUUCUGGGUAUGAGCAAGAACAACAGAAACUGCGAGAACAGCAACAAGAACAGCGACAAGAAGAACCACCCAAAAACUCCGAAUCCAAAAAUCCUCUCUCGAGCCUGAGUCCCACACCCAGCACCCAUAGUUCCUGCUCCUAUUCCUGUUGCUGUUCAUCCGAAUUAUCGCAUUCCACACUUCGCACGAGUAGUUCUGCAUCCGACUCCUCAUAUACUUCAAUUUCUUCAACUACAAUAUCCUCAACAGCAAUUUCCUCAACAACGAUUUCUUCAACUACAAAUCCCACCCAUCCUCCUACCCACCCCCAAAAUCCCAACAAAAGCAUUUCCGAGGAACAAUCUCUCCCCGCCCCCCAGCUAUCCCCCAAAAGCCUCGCAAUUCCAGAUCACUUCUCAGAAAUACAAGCUUCGCCUCCUCGGACUUUGACGCCCAAAUCUUCGCUGGAUAUGCUCUCAGAUUCGGAUUCGGAUUGCGAUGAUUAUGGAGGUGUUAUUGAUGAGGAUGAGGAUGAGGAUGAUUUUCAACUGGUAAUGAAGGAUACUGAAGAGGAAGAUUCAGCAAUAUGCGAUCUCAUGGAUGGAUUUCGCAAGAUGAGUAUAUGA